AUGCGUUUCACCAAGCUUCUGAGGCGUCUGGUCGCUUCCAGUCUGGCGCUGUCCUCGGUUGCGUCCAAGACCAGUGGAUGGAACGACACCUGCGAUGCAGUCUCGACAGAGCUUGUGACACUGCCACCCAAGACGGUGACGAUUGCCACAAACACUCUUUCAACCAUCAACUCCAUUGUCAGCACCGUCACCCUUGGCAAAACCACCGUCACUGUUCCUCAGCUCUCCUUUCCCGAGUAUGGCCCACCAGCUGUUGCCCCGUCUUCCGAGGAGCCCGCAUUCGAUACCACCGUUGUCAAGACAGGCUCGCCUCGCUUGGUUACUAGGACCCUGAAGACCAUCCCCGCGUCUGGCAGCCACACCUUGCCUAUGGUUGUCGUCACCACUUUCACCCUGACACCUGAUGAUGCCAAGCCUACAGGCGCUCCAGGAAACGUGACUUGGACGGCUAAAUCCCCAGAGACGGACGCCGGCGAGGGUGAUGAGGGAAUCACUGUUGCGGCAUUCUCUAUGCCGGAACUGGACUCGAGCGUUGUCUUCACGGUGACCAUCCCUCUUGGACAGUCGUCAUUCACUGAAUUGACCAAGACGCUUUUCCCAACCCCCGAGAUCCCCGACAUUCCGCAGCCCACCACAGGAGACUUCUCAAUCUCCAUCGGAGAGUCUACUUUCUCGUUCAUCACCGAGACUAGGGAGCCAGAGUGGGAGACUCUGCCAACCUUGUCAGGAACCGAAAUCUCGGAGUUUCCCACUCCACCGGCCACAGCAGCUCCGGAGAUCCCUUCGGGAAUAAUCAUCACCGAGUUUCCGAUCCCGGCGGAAUCUGACAUCCCAGAGGUUCCACGGCCCACGGAAACCUUUAUUCCAGAUGUUCCAUUCCCAUCAGGUAGCCUCAUCUCAGAGAUUCCAUUCCCUCCAGAGACUGUCGGUACAGAUGUUGCAUCAAAGUCUCCGGCUACAUUCGUUCCAUAUGGGCCGUCGGGCCCUGUUGAGACGGGCGCCCCUGGUGACCUCCCAUCGACCCCCUCCAGUACACCCAAGAUCAUCACCACCAUUAUCUCUGGCGAGGAUGGAAUCCCUCCUCGGGUCUCGACCUACACAACUAGCUUGCCAGCUGGUGGCGGCACAGAUGACAGCCAAACCGUGGCGCCUUCAACCUCAUCUGCUGACCACGUAGUGAUAACCUACUACUCCGUACCAGGGGGAGAUAGCCAUGAUACCUCCGUGGUGACCGUCACAGCCACAACGUCUGUCCCGACAACAGUUGAGCAGCAGCCAAUCACUGUCACCGUCACUCAACCCCCAUCUGUCUCCCUGAUGCCGACAUGUCCUGAAGAGGAAAUCUCGCGGUCCACGAGCUCUGCCAAUAUCUCGACUUCAGAGACCAGCUCCCCGAGCCUCUCAAGCUCUUCUUCUUUCGGCACACCCAUCCCAAUUACAGGCACCGCUUCCUUUGUCAAUGAGACGGCAUCUGCGUCUACAAAGCCCUCGGUCACGCCCUCCUUGUUCACGACUGUGUCUCUGGAUUCGUCAGCGUCCUUGAUACUGUCUCCUUCGGCAGACACAUCUGUCGGUGGCCCCAGCUCGGCUCAGACUACCCCUGUCGCGUCCGCAGGCACUGGGCGUCCGUCCUGGAACCUGACAACGACCAUAGACCUCACUCCCAGUCAAUCCCCGACGUCAGCCCUGAAUGGAACUGCGGUCGCGUCGCUGUCUUCGGCCAACGCUACGAUCUCGUCGCAGACUACUCCUGGCAUCGUCUCCUCCGAGUCUGUGGGGAACAUCACGGGCAGCACAUCUAGCAGUGCCUUCACUUCAGUCCCGCUCAAUGCUACUUCGACGGGUAACACCACCGCGCCUCCCAUGGCCACCCCCAGUUCUGCUGUAUCAGCAACCCCGGGGCCUCUGACUAGCAUCCCGCCCGUAUCUGCCAAUGUCAGCUUCACAGGCAACUCUACUUUUGGGCCAACCGCCUCCCUGAACACGACUAUGGCAAAUCCGCUAGAAGCAACUGUCAGUGUUCCAGCAAACAGCACCGCAGCUCCAACUUCAGGAGCCCCUGGCCAGGUCGAAGCAAGUGGUCCCUCUUCGAUCAAUGCUACUGUAACUCCAACGCUUACUGCCCCCGGCCAGAGUGGCGCUCCCUCACUGCCUUUGAACACGACGAUGUCACCAUCGGCAUCAGCAAAUGUCACAACUGCGGCCAAUAGCACUAUUACAGCAUCGCCUUCCCUGCCAGCACUGAUUACGGGCAGCACGUCGACUUUGGCCAACAUCACUGGGCUGCCGGGCACAGGCGGCAGCACACCUUCUGCCUCGACUCCCAGCAACUCUACCAACACAUUGACACCCGACCAAGGUGGAGAUGGGUUGUCCGCAACAGCCAACGCCACCUCUUCUGUCGUAUCAAACAGCACCAUCUCGGCCACUACGUCUCCAACGGCUAACAUCACAUCGGUUGCACCAUUCACAACAUCCAACAUCACCAUCAUAACCGAGCCCUCUCGCCCAACCCAGGGGAUAGUUGGCCCGCUACCCUCGCUGUCCGCGAAUGAAACCACUUCUUUCAACGCAACAAUCUCCACCUUUGUGGCGACUAACAGUUCUGUUCCAACUAUCAGUUUCAAUGAGACCGCCACCGCAACUCCGACUACAAACCAGGGCGGCCAGGGACAAGGCGGUGGCUUAACCCCAAUGUCAAGCGUCAACGGCACGGAUUUCACCACUGCUGCCAAUGCAAGCUCCACAACAUCGCCCACUCCAGGCCAGGGUGGCCAGGGACAAGGCGGAGGUCCAACCUCGGUGCCGAGCAUCAAUGGCACAGACUCCACCUCUGCUGUCAAUGCAAGCUCCAUGGCAUCGCCCACUCCAAGCCCAGCCGGACAGGGUGGUCAAGGUGGACAGGGGCAGGGAGGUGGCCCUGCUUCGGUGACAAGUAUCAAUGGGACUGAAUCUACCCUCUUCGCCAACUCUACUUCAUCCACUGCCACUCUGCCCCCUCAGGGCGGCCAGGGAGGACAGGGAGGUCAAGGACAAGGCGGUAGUCCGACAUCUCCGGUGAGCAUCAACGGGACGGCUCCCACCACUCCUAUCAAUGCAACAUCGUCAACCUCUACCUCGCCUACCUUGCCUCCUUCAACUCAGGGUGGCCAAGGUGGCCAGGGUGGUCAAGGCGGAGGCAGCCCACUACUACCGACACCCAGCAUCAAUGGAACCUCAUCCGGAACCCCCAGCAACGCGACCUCUACCACUUCUUCCGCUCAAGCUGGCCAGGGAGGACAAGGCGGCGGCAGCCCGUCGCCAACAGUCAAUGUCAAUGGGACCGCGUUCAGCAUUCCAAGCAAUACGACCGCGAGUACGUCCUCCCCAGCUCAGGGUGGCCAGGGCGGCCAGGGACAAGGACAAGGUGCACAGGGCGGCACCACCCCGACAGCUUCAACUAGCAUCAACGGAACAGCAGCAGCUUCAAACACCACAUCUGCUACACCCACUUCUCCGGCUCAGGGCGGUCAGGGUCAGGGAGGCCAAGGUCAAAGCGGGAGCCCAACGCUAUCGGCGAGUACCAACGGAACACUUUCGGCCAACAUAACAUCUGCCACCCCCUCUUUCCCUCCGCAGGGCGGUCAAGGUGGCCAAGGCGGCCAAGGUGAUUCGAACAAUGCAACCGUCACGCCAGCGCCCGGCCAAGGUCAAGGUCAGGGAGGCCAGGGCCAAGGUCAGGGAGGGAGAGCUUCUACAGCGCCAACUGAUGGCUCAUCUGGAAACGGCACGUACUCGACGGCAUCCGCUACCGGGAACGCGUCAUCAACGUCGACUUCCCGUGCUCGGGGCCAGGGUCAAGAUCAGGGCGCUCCAACUACUCUGGCUACGGUUACAAACUCCUCCUCGGCUAGCGACACUGCCACUGCGACAGAAAGCGGCGCAUCUCCGUCGACAACAUGCGGCAAUGCUGGCGACCGAGGAGAAGUGACACUCACAUUCGACGACAGACCCAAACUCCAAACUGUCAAUGCCACGUCGCCGAUGCCUCUCUUUAACCCCUAUCAUCGCCUCUGGUUCUCCAACGGAUUCUAUCUCGCGCCGCCGCCAAACCAGACGUACUAUCCGACGUCUGAAGGCAACAUGUCCAUGUUCAUCCCACCCAACUCUUCGCAGUCGACGAUGGCCCAGAUCGGGUUCGGGCCGUUGAGAACCAACCCUUGUUUCCGAUUUGACAUGAUUUCGUUCGACAUGGGUUGCAACACAACUAACCCUGAUUGCGAGGUCAACGUUACUGGAAUGCGAUACGACUCGGACGUUGAUGACGAAGUCGAGGUCGUUUCAUUUCCCCUGAUCUUCCACUCGUGCGCUGGCCAGAAUCUCACCAACUGCCGCCUGGCAACGAUUCCAUUGGGCCGCAUGGAGCACAAUCUAACGAAUCUCAGCUCUAUCACCUUCGACUACAACGGCGAUGAGUCGGGAGUGUGGUUCGGCGAUGACUUCCGCUUCAAGUGGACCAAUGACACCUGCGAAGCGGGUCUGUGCCGCUCGGCGAUCCCGGACCGGGCGAUGAAGCUUAACCAGAAGCGCAGCACGGGCAAGUUUCUGGACGCCAGGACGUCGUCGCGCACUGGAACCCAGGACAUGGCGAAGACUACGCCAAUGUCGUUCUGGCAUUGGGUAAACGCCAUCGUCGGCGGCUUUUAA